CCGUCAUCCAUUUCCGAAUCAGAAUCAGUUUGUCCAGCGCUCUGCCGUCGCGAGCACGCUCCAAAGAGGCCAAUCGGAAGAACUUUGGAACUUUCUUGAGUUGCGACACGUACAUUUUCAAGCUGGACCACAUUUUCGAGGACUGUCAGCGGCAGCAGUUUCACAAAAUGUCUCAUGGCGAGCGAAAAGGCCGCCUCAAUGUGGUCAAGUUUCUCGAACUGGGUUUUGCGGUAGCGUGUCUGGUGCUCCACUUCUACAGCUUCAACGAUCGCGAUAUAAUGACUUCGUUCCUGGCCACUGGCACCUUCACGGGCUACAUCAUAGUGGUCAUCGGGGUCUUUGCAGGCGUUCUGAUGCGGGCACCCAUUCACAAGCGCAUCGAUAUAUUCUUCAGCGUCCUGGGCUGCACCUUGUUCGUGGCCAGCGGUGUGUUCAUCAUUGAGGCCUGGGAGUUCUCCUUCCGCACCCGAACUCGGGAUCUCGCGCUCAUCAAGGCCUCGCUGUCCAUCGUCAAUGGGGUGCUAUUCGGAUUCGAUGCGGUGUUCACAUUUCGCGACAAGUGAAUCGUUCAGUUUUUAGACGGAAACCACUGGCCAGAUCCGCUGGAGCUUCUUUCGUAUGCAUUUAAUAGCUUAUAAGGGUAUACAUAUCUUUCCGGUUCAACUGGCCAUUCCGCCAAUCAUACAAACAACCAAACUGUUAACGUUUAUCUUUAUAUUUAAGUGUUUUUUUUUUCUCUCAAUAAAAAGUAAUUCGCCAUCGCUC